GUUCGUAUAAACCUUCGAACACAGACUGCUCUGUGUGAAUACCUUAUGAGAUAUUACUAUAGUUCAGGUAGAAAACAUUGGAAGCCAUGAUGCUACUGGUCUUUUUACUUUUGUUGGAUCAAAGUUUAGCAGCUCACAGAGCUUUGCAGGAGGAUGAGAUAUGUAUGUUUGAAGUCUCCAAGCUUCAACAGCAGUUACAACAUUUGCAGGCUCAGUUCCUGCGUGGAACAUGGCAACUAAAGCAUUUGAGGGAACAUAACGAGCACUGGACAAAGAAAAACACAACAGCAGAAAAGAAUGAACAAGGGACAACAUUACAACCCAUUACUUCACACCAGUUUGCAUAUCACCAUGAUUGUUCAGAUAUUUACAACAGUGGCAAAACCACAAGCGGGUAUUACCAAAUCAAGCCAAAGUCUAUGGCUGAACCAUUUCUGGCAUACUGUGAUAUGUCAGAUGGUGGAGGAUGGACAGUUAUUCAACGUCGCAGUAACGGCAAAGUGAAUUUUAACAGAGGCUGGGAUGAUUAUAAAUCAGGCUUUGGAUCAUUUCAAGGGAGGAAGGAUGAAUAUUGGCUCGGAAAUGAAAAGAUACAUCAAAUUCUGACUGCAGGAAAGUAUUUAGUAAAGUUUGACCUCACAGACUGGAAUGGAGAUAAGAGGUAUGCUACCUAUGAAAAGUUUUACAUCUCAGAUGAAAAGGAUAAAUACAGGCUAACAUUUGGAGCUUAUGAUGGGAAUGCAGGGGAUGCAUUGUCUGGUGGCUUGGUGCCAGAGUUUCAGUGGUCAGCCUCUCACAAUGGGAUGCAGUUCAGUACUCCAGACCAGGAUAAUGACAGAUACCUGCAGGGGAGUUGCUCACAAGAAACUAAAUGUGGCUGGUGGUUUAACAGGUGUCAUGCAGCCAACCUUAAUGGAAAAUACUAUCGACACGGCAACUACACUGGAAAACAUGAUAAGGGAAUUAUCUGGUUCACCUGGACAGGCUGGUGGUACUCUUUGAAAAACACAGUCAUGAAAAUCAGACCACUCUACUACUUCCCAAGUGCUGGAAGUGGAGAUUAUGAGAGCAAACUGGGCUAAUAUUCAUUUGAUAAGGAAUUACAUUUUUAAUACCAAAUGUCAGGUACUUUAUCCAAAGAGGAGAGAAAUAUUAUCCAAUUUGACUUUCGUAUCUAGUACGUUAAUGCAUUGUUAAGUAGGUCAUGCCUAAUCUUCGUGUCAAGUUGUAAUGACAAAAUGUCAAGUUGUGUCCAUCCAUUUUAAUUAGUGAAAUUUCCAAUCUGCACAUAAGACAUAAAUAAUGAUAAAAUGAAAGGGUGGGAUACUUAACUUGCAGAAGGCCAUUUUGUUGGACUGAUUCAAGGUCUGAUUUGAUAUACAGCUGACCCUGUAAAUAGUUGAGCAGUUCUGGUCUCCUGAAAUUAGCGAAGGCUAAAUAUGGGAAUACAAGGUUACACUGGUUAUAGAAAAAACAGAAAAUAAGUGUAGGGGUAGGCCAAUCAGCCCUUCUAGCCUGCACCACCAUUCAAUAUGAUCAUGGUUGAUUAUGCAAUUUCAGUAUCUCGUUACUGCUUUGUGUCCAUACCCAUUCAUCUCUUUAGCUGCAAGGGCCACAUCCAGUUUCCCCUUGAAUGUAUGUAACAAACUGGAACCAACAGUUUUCUGUGGGAGACAACUGCCUCAGGUUGCUCAGAAAUGCUCAACCUUUGUGCAUUGAGAAAAGUAGAGCAGCUUUGGAGGAGCAAAGGCAAUGUCAGGAGUGGGGCAGCAAAAUACUGGCAAUAGGCUGGAGACCUUUUUGAUCUGAGUGAGUUUGAUUUUGCUCCCCCAGGGCUGACCUACAAUCCAGUACCUACUAAGAGAUGAUGGAUUUUCUCCCAUCAGUGACCAGUUUUGCAUCCACAGCUCACUGUUAGCAUUUAAAUGUAGCCUUUAGCUUACUCAAUACAUCCCAGCCUCAGCAUGGACCAGCCCUUAGAUUUGCAACUGUGUGACCAUUCUGAAUAGAAAUUAAAUGUAACAAGGCUGUUAAAUAUCCUGAGCUUAAAUCUCCGAAAGGAUGUUCAAGAAUCUGUUACCAUGCUGUAUAAAAUGUGGCAUUCAAAUUCAUACUGAGCACUUUUUUAUUGUUUCCUCUUUUUUCCUUAAAGUAUAUCUUUGGGGUUUUAAGUAAAUUGUUGAUAUUAUGUUCAAAUGAGCUUUUUCACCGAAAAUAAUGUUUGUUCCUAAAUAAAAGCAAAGUACUUUGGAAGCUGGAAAUCUGAAAUACAAACUCAAAAUGCUGGAUACGUUCAUUAGGCUUAGCAGCAUCAAUGAAGAGAGAGUUAAGUUUCAAGUCCUCCCAGUUCUGAAGAAGUUAUAUUGACCUUGAGCCGUUAACUCUGUUUCUGUCUUCACUGAUGCUGCCAGGCUAAGAGGUGACCUUACGGAAGUAUACAAAAUUACGAGGGGAAAGGAUAAGGUAAAUACCCAAGGUCUUUUCCCCAGGGUAAGGUCCAAAGCUAGAGUUGUGAGGGGAAAGAUUUAAAGGGAACCUGAGGGGCAACUUUUCCAAAGAGAGGAUGAUGCUUAUAUGGAAUGAGCUGCUAGAGGAAGUGGUAAAGGCUGGUACAGUUACAACUUUUAAAAGGUACAUGGAUAGGAAAGAUGCAGAGGGAUAUGAGCCAAAUGCUGGCAAAUGGGACUAAUUCCGUUUUGGUAACCUGGUUGGCACAGAUGAGUUGGGCUGAAGGGUCUGUUUCAGUGCUAUAUGACUCUAUGACCUGAUGAGUUUAUCCCACACUUUCUGUUUGUGUUACUUCUAAUUGCCAUAUUUAAUAAGCCAUAAAACAUUGACAUUCAUGAACUGUUUUGAAGCCAUUGUGAACGUAUGAGAUCAGAGAAAUAGGAAUUGUCUGAUCAUUUGGGAAUAUCCUCUUGUGGUUGACUAACUGGCAAUACUUUAACCAAUAUGUAAUAUAAUAAAAUGCCAGCUUGAAACAAUGAAAACUUCUGCAAACUAACAUCGUUUAAUUAAGAAAGUGUUUAUUUUUCUAAAGGUCUGGGAAUUUCACAUUUUUUUAAUCCAUGUAUAAUGAUAAAUGAUGUUAAGUUUUAGAGUGCCAUAAGUUUAAAAUUACUUCUGAUUCUCUGGUUGGACCACAUUUCAGCUUGCAUGCUGAAUUACUGUAAUAAAGGUGAUAUUACUUUAAUAAAGCUAUACAAAUAUAAGAACUUUGACUUUAAUG